CGGCGGCGCGUCUAUGCACCCGUCUCUCUGAACGCGAGCUGUCACUGCCACCAUGCCUCUUGACAAGAAGUCUCUGGAGGAGCUAUUCCGUAAGCUCGAACCUGAAGUAACAACCUACAUGAAUCGCUAUGACGGCGGACAUGACAUGAACCAUAUCAGGCGUGUUUACCGGAACGCCCAUAUCAUUCUCGAAGGAGAGCAGGCCCUGCAUCCAGAUACUCAAUAUGACUAUUAUCUCAUCUGCUAUGCCGCGUUGCUCCACGAUGUCGGCGAUAAGAAGUACGCCGCUCCUGGCGAGGAUGUCUCUUCAAUGGUGAAGACCUUCAUGCUCUCUAGAGUCGACGAACCGAAUGAGGAAUGGGAGGCGUUCGCCGCGAAAGUACAGAUAGUCUCGACCUACGUUUCGUUCUCUACGGAAAAGAAAGACCCCGAGAAGACGAAGGAGGCAAUCUCGCAAUUCCCAGAGCUGGCGAUAGUCCAAGAUGCGGAUAGGCUAGAUGCCAUUGGUGCAGUUGGCGUGGGCAGAAGUUUCUCGUUCGCGGAGAACAGGCAUUACGGAAUGCAGGAUGGUGUGGAUCAGUUCGACGUGAAGCUUUUACGUCUCGCUCCCAUCAUGAAGACGGAAACGGGAAAGAAGUUGGGCAUGGAACGGCAUGAGCGGCUUCUAGCCUUCCAGAAAUGGUGGCAGGAGGAGGCUCCAAUUCCAGAGACUCUGGCCUUCCGAAGCGACGGUGCCUAGGGCUCGGGGCUUCUCGCUCAGGCCAAGCCAACAAUGAGGCUAACAAGCCUACUGUAGCGUUGGGCCUGGCCGUUGCGUGCGGCCUGUCGGCUUCAGCACAGGGGGAUCAAUGUUUAGGAUAGGCAAUGGACGAAUAUGCUUGGAGCCUACCCUGGCAUAAUUUCCAAGCAUCAGGACUCCCGCUUCAUUCUCGUCGAGGCUAAGCCCCGAUGAUACCCUGCAUAUGCUAUCCUAGGCAAAGCAGCUUAUGGUUCCGCCUGUUGCCCUUCC